CAUUCGUUAAGUAAUAACUGUAUCGUGUGUUUUUAAAGUGAUCAGUGUUAUGAGCCAUUUGAGCUUGUGUUGACAUUUGUGUUUAAGACGGAGUGAACGGAUUCUAAAAUCUUAGAUAAUUAAGGGGCACUUUAAGAAGAAAUCUAAAUUGUUUAGUCGAAGAACUUUGAGGCUCUGCGCGGAACUGCCUACAGAGAUGCGCAUGUGGUGGCGCGCUUUGUCCAUUUGUGCAUUCGCAUUGGUGCUUCAUACAGAUGCCCUUCCUCCUGCAACUCUUGGAGAUGUUGUUGCCAAUGCGGCUUCCAGCCUCAAUUCCAUGAAGGUGACCGGAGCUUGGAGACGCUUAUCUAGCACCGUUAGUGAGUCAGUUGGAUUGAAGCACGCCCUGCGAAGAUUACAAGCCGUGCCGGCUCGGGCUGCGAGACUGGUCCACGCCUUGGUAGACCGUAUGAGAGUCGGCGGCGGUCCUAUCAUCUCAACAAAAUAUGGUGCUCUGCGGGGUCGAAAGCUUGUUACUCGUACCACCAGCCAAACUCCUUACUACAGCUUCAAAGGAAUUAGGUAUGCGCAACCGCCGCACGGGUCUCUGCGUUUCCGACCUCCAGUUCAAUUGGAGCCCUGGUCAGGGGUCCGGGAUGCGCUAGAAGAAGGAGCAGUCUGCCCUCAUCGGUUUAUGUUAUUUGAUACAUAUAAGGGCGAUGAGGAUUGUCUCUUCCUAAACGUAUAUACUCCAGCGUUGCCUGAUAAUAUUUCUGGGUACAAUCCAAAAUUAGCCGUAAUGGUUUGGAUCCACGGUGGGGCUUUUGCGGUUGGAUCCGGCAAUGCUUUCUUGUACGGUCCUGACCAUUUGGUCGGCGCUGGAGUAGUUAUGGUCACCCUAAACUACAGGCUUGGAGCUCUCGGGUUUUUAAGCCUCGAAAACGAAGAAGUCCCUGGCAAUAUGGGACUCAAAGAUCAAGUAAUGGCUCUCAAAUGGGUACGAGACAAUAUUGAGGCAUUUGGCGGCGACUCGUCUCGAGUCACAAUCUUCGGGGAAUCCGCUGGUGCAGCCUCCGUACACCUUCAUAUGCUUUCACCGGCCUCACGGGGUUUGUUUCAUGGAGCCAUAGCUGAAAGCGGCGUGGCCCUGUCUCCGUGGGCACUCGCACAACAACCUCGAGAGCGUGCCUUCGAACUCGGCAGAGAACUUGGUAUCGACACCAACAGUACUGCAGAAUUAUUAGGGUAUCUCCGCGCGACUCCGAGCGAGUUGCUAGUGAAGGCGGGAGCGAGACUGGCAGGAGCUCCUGGUAAAUCAGCCGAUCUACAGAGCACAGUCGCGCUGCCAUUCUUACCGGCCGUCGAGCCUGACUUGCCAGAGUCAUUCCUAACUGAAACUCCGAGAAACUCUCUCCCGGGAGCAGACGUACCGUUUCUGACAGGAUACAACGCACAGGAAGGCUUAAUUUUAUUUCGACGUUUACAACGCUAUCCAAAGUUGCUGAUAGAAUUGGACCAAGAGUUCUUGCGAGUGGUCCCACCGGAGUUACUUCAGCAAAACGUUACCCUAAACCAAAAAAUUACGGACGUCAUCAGGGCAUUCUACUUCCAACAAAGACCUGUCGAUGUUAGAAACAUUGACAGUCUGAUUGAUCUAUUCACGGACGUCAUGUUCUUGAGGCCGACGUUGGAGACCGUGCGGCUUUACGGAGCCAGCAACAGAACUAGUCCCACAUAUUUAUAUCGGUUCGCAUUCGACGGCGCCUUGGGUCUCUUCAAACGGAUGCUGGGUAUUACGCACCCAGGAGCCUGUCACGGCGACGAAAUGGGAUAUCUGUUUUAUUUCUCGAGAAUAAAUUACAGAUUAGACGAAGGUUCCACGGAAUGGGCCGUAUCGAAGAAAAUGGUACAAAUGUGGACUAACUUUGCUAAAACUGGAAAUCCGACACCUCCGGUCGAUUACGAGUCGAUUGUAGAUUUUAAAUGGUUACCUGUAAAUGAGAGUUCGCACGUCAACUAUCUAGAUAUAACUGGAAACUUUACAUCGAAAGUGGACCCCGAGCAGAGGAGAAUAAAUUUUUGGGACUGGCUCUACGAGAAUUUUGCGAAAAAACCUUGAAAAUCCGUGAUAGUACUGUUUGGGACUGUAUCAGUGAUUUAAAUUACGGAUGAUAAACUGACUUAUUAUGUAGAAAAAGAUGGAGACGCACGAACUAAUAAGACUUAAAAAAAUGUUUUUAUUUUUUUAUUGCUUAGAUGGUUGGACGAGCUCACA